UCAGCAGGUUCAACGGCCAUCUCAAGACCCUGUAGUGAAAGAAUUCUGCCGCUUACACCGCCUAAAUUGUUUGCCUUUCACGUCCACCCGAAGUCAAGGCGCCAGUGGCUCUAAAAACCACUCCAUUAAUUGCACAGACCUCCAACUUCAAAGCUUCCAUUUCUUGAACAACAACCGAAACAGCGCAUUUACAUUUUGAUCAGUAGUAUCUCUUUGGUCCGCGUCAUAUCGCGUCAAGAGUGGCGUUGUCGGUCGGGCUUAUUACCCAACAUUUUCGCUGAGCUAACUUGGAGUUGGUCCUAUUUUGCUUGCUCCUUAAUCUGGUGUCACCUGGUGACGCGACGUGUACAUUUCACUCGCCGCCAUCAUGGCACAAGAGAUUGCUCUUCAGGGGCAUCUCGCUAGUAGGAAUGAGCUCGCUGGUCUUGCUGAGAAGGGCCGUCAUCAGAUUGAGCAGUAUGAGAAGAUUGUACGCUUCUCGACCACUGUUCUUUCUGGUAAACAUCCGACUAUCAAGGUCCCCUCUAACUUUAUCCCUUCCACACAAUCUUCCAUCCGUCCGAUAGAUGUUUCCAUGACAGAUGGAGCGCCGAGUCAUCAGUCAGACAUUCAACGGCAGACUAUCGCGAACGAAAAGCAAGCAGACGUGUCUGCUACUGUUCCCUCUAGCACUACCAACAACAGCAAACCAUACGGGACAGGAUCUACUGAGAUUAACCCCAUCUUCCUAGAGAAGUCUGACGAUUUGGUUAAAGCAGAGUUGAAGUUGCAGAGACAGAGGCUGGAACGUGCUUUGAGAGACGAGGUUGACCAGAGACGGGUAACUGCUAAGAGCGUGGUGCAAGGGGAGCCUAUCGUCGAAUUUGAUCUUAACGAGGUCUUGACGAAAGCCUUGACGCUUGUGGAAAGCACUUCUGGUCCCGACACUGCUGCUGCUGCUGAUGCUACUGACCAUGACAAUGCAAGUGAUUCCUUCGAUGACAACACUUUCUACUCGUCGCAGCACAACACUCCGUCGUCCGUUUUGACUUCCCGAGUCCGUAACGAAUCCGAAGAGGCACAAGUGCCUGACGCGGAGUCGUUACCAACGAUAAACAACCAAAACGCUCCUAUUUCGCGACAACGUCCGACUGGUUUAGAGCAAGUCCCUCCGGAGCCGUACGCACCGAGCCACACUAGGCCUCAAGAAGCCUAUGCAAAUCCACAACCUUUCGUCGGUUCAUCGAGCGUUAACAGCACUUCACGACCUGGACACGUCCCUGGCCUUGCUGCUUAUAAUGCAGACAAGACAACACCUAGGCAGGAUAGAAGUGCCAGACAAAGUCCUAGUAAUGGGGAGAGCGAUAGGCGUAGAGUUGAUUACGGGCCAGCCUCUCGACAGCCUCCCCGUGAACACUAUAUUGACAGCCGUCCCCCUUCUCCUCUGAUCAGGGCACAUGAGAGAUCGCCUCAGAAUGCACAGACUUCGCCAUUAAUGAAUGCUAGGCCACGACCUCGGGCUGCCGAAGCGACGUCGACUUCGUCCACUGGUACUCCCGCCCAAGUUGCUGCUCUCAGAAAUGAGCCAGUCGCUGUUACCAGUCCUGAAAGCUCGCCUCAAGGCGGUGCAUCAGAUAGGCGGAGAGCAAAGAAGAAGAAGAGAAAGGCUGACAGGCAAGCGCCCGAGACUGAACCAACGCCCUAUAUCAAGGCUGAACCUAGAUCUCCUUCCCCUAUGAAUGCCCCUUCCUAUGUUCGUCCCAAUAAACGUCAAAGGUACGCUCAGCAACAACCAGAUGAACCUGUCUACGAAGAAGUUCGUUACGAGCCUCACCCUGGCCUCUAUCCUCCAGAACCUGUGCAUAAUCGUCAAGAGCGGGAUGAUCGAGUGCCAUUAGGCUAUGACAGAGUAGGCUUUUCAUCACAACGUGCAGCGAGCACCACUGUUCCGGGAACUGCUGUCUAUAGGAGAGAAUACGCCGAUGAUCGAUACGUCUCCGGUGGACCUUAUCCUAUCGAACAACCCCCCCAUGUUCCACCUCAUCACCAGAGGCAGUCGAUCGGGGGAACAGCAAGUUCCCAAGUUCGACCUAACGACGGUUAUCAGCGCCCAUCGUGGCCUUAUGCGGGAGCACAUGAAGCGUCGCCUACAGGCUUAAGACCAGAAGGCGAUGUGUUUAUGGCACCUCAAAGGCCGCCGCCAACUCGAAUUAUCGUAGAUGCCUAUGGACGUGAGUAUAUUGAGCCACCACGUUCGACGAUCAUCCGGCACUCCGCAGUUCCUCCCGCUCGAUCCGGCGAACCCGAGAUCUUGUAUGAACAAGCUCCGGUUCGGAGGCCCCAGGCGAUGGAGGCCUAUGAAGGAGGGGCAGUCUACAGGAGACGUUCUCCAUCGUAUAUGCCUAGACGGGUUGUUACACAACCGGAGUACGUAUCGCAGGAUUACAGGGACCAUAUGCCACGUGAGCAUUCAACACGGCCAUUAGGUCCCUCAGGAGAGUUCGUUGAGGUGAUGCCACCUCCAGAACGAAGACGUAUGGAAGACGGGACGAGAGACUAUAUUACAAGGCCGACCAGCGUGCGACCAGCGGAACCUGUUCGGUAUGAGGUCGCCCGGGACUACGGCCGAGUGCAGAGCGUGCGACCCGAGCCACCCGUACGUCAAUAUGCCACAAGCGUCCACCCGGAGAGCCACCGUGAAGCUGUACAGCCUUACGUGCGGGAAUACGGUGCCAUUGCUGCAGAGCCAGGCGUUGUGAGACAGGAGUACAGCACGCGGCCAGUGGAGCGGUACUACAAUCAACCGAUGAGAGGUGGAGAGGAGAUUGCUUUCAUUGAGAGACCGCGAGGAGCAACCCAGGAGAUUGUUUACGCAGACGAUGCGAGGAGGGAGGUUUAUCGUUAAGCUGGGUCAAACCAAAGCGGUAUUAAAAUAGAAGCGGAUCCAGUCGACAUCAGACGGGAUUACCAAUAUAAUUUAAUGACGUAUGAAGACCUUUUUAUACCCGAGAAGUUGAAUGACAACGUCU